AUGGUAUCAAAAUGUGCGCAGAAAGAAAGGUUUUACUAUGCUAUAUUAGAGUUCAUCUUCAAAUACCUUCCAGGGCUACUACUCGGACUAUGUUCGUUGGCUGUUUUUGGUAAGUUAUUACAUUAUAUAUAGUGAUAGAUAGUGAUGACUACUAUGAAAUAUACCUUGAGUUUUUAAAAGUAAUACUGCUUGUCAAAAGUAAUGUUAUGACACGUAUCUUGAAUGUCAUUAAAGUAUUAAAGUAAUCUUGUGAUUGCAGUAAAUCUGUUCCUUCUACUGAUUACCACUAUCGGUAUACGACGAAAGAAGGUACCAGCCAAGAGACUACUAUUCGUUGCCAAUAGAUCUGUAGUAGACGCCAUAGCAGCUGCCGUAUCUUUGGUAUAUCUUUACAAAGUAGAGAUACAAUGCGAUGUCAUUGAAUGCAAAACAGUCGCCUUUGUGCCAGAUAUUGCUAUGCAGGUAAAUAUUUUUACAUUUAUGUGACAAUACAUUCCAAACAAUUAUUUUUACAUUACAAUUGUUAUACAAUGUAUAUUAUUGCACCUAUAUGUAUAUUUUUAGCUAAUAUAACUAAGUAAAUAGGUACAACACAAAAAUAUUAACAAUCUUUUACAAAAACAGUAUUGUUAACACCUAUAAGUUACAUUUUCUAAAAAAUUGUGCACAGAACACACACAUAGAUAACAUUAUGUUCGUAUCUUCGAACAAAGGACCCUUCAGCAGAUUUACAAUGUAAAUGUCACAGAGUAAUCCUUGCUAAUUCAUGGAACUUUAAUUAGUCGAUGUGACAGAUUAGUAACUUUUUUGACAAUACUUUACGUAGAGUAAGAAUCAAAUGAUAUGUUCGUCUGAUGCCGUAUCAAAGUAUCAGAUUCUAAUACAUCAAACAUUACAGGAACAUGUUCCUGGCCAUAACAAAAAGAUAAUUCCUAAAUAUUAUAUAACCUCAAAGAUAGAACUCGAAACUCUAAUCAUAGCCAUAACCAAUUCAUUUUCAGCUGAUAGUAACCUUCAACUACUGGAUGUUGGCUGGCAGUUACUUUGGUAUCGGCAUGUUAACCUUCUAUGCCGUCCGAACACCACUACAAUACAAACUAUCUCUGAACGUAGCACGAGUAGCCAAGUUCAUAGCCCUCGGCUGGAUAGUAAUGAUCGGGUUACUGUGCCUUGUCGUAUUCGCUACCGAACAACAAACCAUGUUCGACUCGAACGGCAUGAUGUAUAUGAUGAGGAACCAAUACUACGGUCUUCUGGGCGAAUGGAUGGUGGCCUUGUGUGAGAAGGUAAUCGACAAGUCGAUGAUGGAGACUGGGGCCAUAUCUCUGAUCUUACCCAUCUGCAGCUACGUCACAACCCUGCUUAGUUACGGAUUUGUAAGUUUGUGGAAGGGAUUACAAUUUGGGAUUACUGGAUUCGAUACGGUUUAUCUGUUACUAAAUUCGAAUGGUUUUUGUAGGACUAAAAUAUCUGUUUAUGACAUUUCAGAUGAGAUUUUCAGAGUAAUUGUAAAGUGAUAUAGUUCCGUGUUUAAAGGUUUGGCUUUAUUAAUCAAUGAUUAAAGCGUUUUUGUAAAGUUGGUUUGACUAAGAAGCUGUAAAGUCAUUUCAAAAUGCACUUUAAAACAAACAGUCCUACAUUAAAAUUCUCAUAACAUUAACUAAUUUCGAAAUACAUAUCAUUUUAAAUCCUUUCAUGUUGCCUUAGGUUUCAUCAUGUUACUUUAGGUAGCUCUAGUACUGUUUCGCCGCCGCCAAGAUCGUCGCAACGUGUCUUCAUUGAACCGUGACCACACUGCCAUCUGGAGACUCGGGGUCCAUCUGGGUGUGUUCACCUUCAGUUUCUGUCUCAUGGCCGUAGCUUAUGCUGCCACCUUCCCCAUGGCCGAGAGCUGUCUGAAUUGGUCAGCUUUGUUGAUGGAGAAUCAUCAAGCUACCAUCGAUGGUCAUAAUGUUGACGAUGACAACUGUUCUUUGGAGCAUUUGUACGCGUUCACAAGAUACGCCGUAUUGACAUCGUUGGCGGGAGCUGGAUGGUUUCUGAGAAUGUCAUUGGACCCUUUGAUUGAUUGUGUAAGUAUUUUGUGUUUAAUCGUGUUAUCAUGUUUUUAAAUUAUCGAAAACUAUGAGUCUAAGUAGAGUAAGUGGCUAGCUACACUUGAGACUAGUAAUUGCAGACAGUCAAGUACUUAUAGUGCCUCACGUGGCACUUCAUGUUAUUAUGUUUGUACAUAAAAACUGAAAUUCUUAUAAUCCCAAUGUCAUGGAGUAGUAAGAAGAUAGUUCUGCCUAAUGAACUAUCUUACAAAGCUCUUAUAACAAAAGUUCAAAGCUAUAACUAAACACCACCUUUACCUGUUUUUAAGCAUCUGCAUGACCCAACGCAAUACCUUGGUAUCAGACGGCUAUUUCAGACACAGAUUACACAUAAAAUGGCAUUAGCAACGCAUAAUCCAUUGUCUUUCUAGGCUAAGAUGACAUUAUAAAUGUUAUGCAGUAUUUUGGAGUGAGUAAAAAGCGUAGGAAGAUAAGAUGUUUGGGUAUAUCUAUUUCCGUAUCUACAUGUCAUCGUAUUACGCGGUAAAUCCUGCAUAUUAUACUAUAAGUGGUAUAAUAUAUUGUUAUUGUGACUCAUAUUGCCAUGAAUCACAAUUUUAAUUUUAAAAAAGGUCAAGAGGAUACUGUAACAUGAGCCUGCAUAAAGGGUAAAGCAUUUGCGGUAAUCUUUUUAUUUACCCCCAGAAUACCUUAUUAAUUACGGAAAUGAGUGAUUAUGAUUGCAGGCUGGGGUUGCCGGUUAGAAUGCCAAAGUAGGAGUAACACAUCAAAGAUAUGUCACAACAAACAUUCCCAGUCAUAAACAACGUCCUUACUAAUUAACAACAAAAUUUAAUUAUAAAAUAAUAUAGACAGACUAAUAGUAGGUAGUUACAGUAAAAUCACACACAAUAACAUGUUAUCUUAACUAUAUGUUACACUAUACUAACCAAUGAUGUUUUAGGUGCUCGAUACCCACAUCAGAAGACUAGUGAUCGCUUCACGACCGUUGGAUCGAGCUUCUACCACCAUGCUUCUCGAGAACAGACUCUCGAACGAAACAGGGAAAGCGUGA